ACACAACAAUAGUAGGUAAGAAACCAGUCAUUUCUUCUAGAAAACGUUUUUCUGGCUGCUCAACACAACCUCCAUCUUCACUGAUCAUCAAUCUGGUCAACUUUGUCAGUCUUAAAACCCCAAUUUUUGUUUUUCCAAUUCAUAAGGCAAAAAGAAUCAAUAAAUGGAAACUACCAACGUCGAUCAAGCUCUAUGUAAUUGCCAUAUAUUGGUGAUUCCGUAUCCAGGUAGAGGCCACAUCAAUCCAUUGAUGAAUCUGUGCAAGCUCAUAGCUACAACGUCCACACCAAAUCAUCUACUACAAGUCUCUUUUAUUGUAACUGAAGAGUGGUUCAGCUUUUUGAAAUCAGAGCAAAAGCCAGAUAAUAUCAAAUUUCUAACAAUCCCAAAUGUAAUUCCAUCAGAAAAGGAUCGGAGUAAAGAUUUGUCGGGGUUUGUGGAAGCUGUGUAUACUAAGAUGGAAGCUCCCAUUGAUAGUAUACUUGACGGGAUUUCAAAGCCCAAUGUGAUUUUAGUUGAUUUGUACUUGACGUGGGCAGUCCGUAUUGGGGAGCGGAGGAAUAUUCCGGUGGCUUCAUUUUGGCCCAUGUCUCCCACGGUUUUCUCCAUCCUUCAUCACCAUCAACUACUCCUAGCUAAUGGACAUUUUGAAGCCAAUUUGACAGAGCAAGGAGAAGAGGUCGUAAAUUACAUUCCGGGGAUCAAACCAAUUUGUGUAAAGGAUCUCCCACCUGUGUUCUACAGCAAAUACCGGGAGAUGUUGCCCUUGAUUCUCGAAGCGGUAUCACUGUUGGUUAAUAAAGCACAAUACGCCUUGUUCACCACCAUUGAACCAUUGGAAUCUCAAGUAAUUGAGGCUUUACAAGCUGAAAUUCCAGUCCCCAUUUUCACAGUUGGUCCAACAAUCCCUUACAUGGAUACCGAAUUAAACACUAACAAGCCUAGUCCAAACUACUUGCUAUGGCUUGAUGAUCAACCUAAGGACUCUGUUCUAUACAUAUCCCAAGGAAGUUUCUUGUCAGUAUCAAAUACACAGUUAGAUGAAAUUAUAGCGGGCGUGCACAGCAGUGGUGUCCGUACAUUUUGGGUGGCACGUGAAACUUCUUCCUUACUUAUAACAGAUGGAAUUGGGAAGAGGGGAAUCGUGGUGCCUUGGUGCAACCAAUUGAGAGUUUUGUGCCAUCCUAGUGUAGGUGGAUUUUGGUCACAUUGUGGAUGGAAUUCAACCAAGGAAGGUGCAUUUGCUGGCGUUCCAUUUCUUACGUUCCCCAUUGUGGCUGAUCAAUUUACCAACAGUAAACAGAUAGUGGAGGACUGGAAGAUUGGGUGGAGAGUCAAUAAGGAAAGUGAGAACCUGGUUAAGAGAGAUGAAAUUGCUCUACUCGUGCAGAGUUUUAUGGACCUUGACAGCUACCACGGAAGAGAAAUGAGGAAAAGAGCAAUGGGAAUACGAAAGAUCUUUCAAGAGGCAAUUGAAGGUGGAGCCAUUCAAGCAAAUAUUUACAAGUUCAUUCAGGAUAUUUCUCAAGGUCCAAGGCAAUAAUGUUUGGUAUGUAAAGAAGUUAUGCAGAAAUUAUGUAUGAACUUAAUAAAAUAAAAACUAUUUCUGUAAUAUGUUUCGCCUGCCAAGAGUAUCUAACAU